CUCAGUGUUUACUGGGCUCACGCUUGACUGGAGGGCUCGUUAGGUGUCAGAACCUCUCAAUGCCAGGAAUCCUGGAGCUGCUCCUGGGCAUCUCCUGCACCACUAGUGUGGCCCUUUCAUCUCCCCACCUCCACUCCCCACCCCCCCGCGCCCACCCGGUGAAUGAACCUGACCCGAGUUCACAGAGCACUCUGCUCUUCCAAGGUAUGACUGCAUGGGACAUGAAGGAUCUCAGGAACAGUCAAAGAUUAGGAACAAGUAGCAAACUCCAUUCCCUCAGGCAGCUAUCUCAAUACAAUUGUGCCCCCAAAACCCGGAUAAUUCAGAGCUACGAUGUCCUCACCAUCCAGGGACCAGAGCAGAGACAGGGAGCAAACUGGGUGGAGAAAGGAGAAGAUAGGGGCCUUGGCCCUGCCAGGGGGCUGCUUCUCAAAGAGGGAGGCCUUAGGGACACUUCAUCCUCUUGCGCAAUUUACAAAAUUCCAACUGUGGCUUUCCCAGGUCUUAGGGCCUGCAGGGGCCCCCUUCCCCAGGCACUGGGUCCACCUAUUUUUAAUGUCUAGGCCCUCUUUGCACUCAGGUCCUGGCGCCCUGGCAUGCGGGCUCUGUCUGGGGCAUAGUCUCCAACCCUAUGUUUGUAACAAGUCCAUUCCUCACUGGCUAUUGCAUUCUCUCUACAGGUAUCUGUUUAGCACGUUCUUCAGGUUGGGUUAUGGGCUCAUUGCUGCUGCCCAGCCACUUUUCUGGAAUCUUCCAGCUUUUGUAACUCAGCAAGUGACCACAGACCAGCUCAGCCAGCCAAUGGGCAAGCUCACACUGCAGCUGUGAAGGACAAGGACUCCUGCCCCCAGGCUAGGGCAGGGGGGGAGGCCAGGACCAGAAAUGCAACACCUCAGCGAGGUCGUGCUAGGGAGGUAAGUCUGGGGAGGUCACAGCUGGGACAGAUGACACAGCCUGGAGGAGUUCCGGAGAUGGGGAGGUCAGAGGAGCUAACAUGUUGCCAUCUGAUGGUAUUGAGAGGUGGGAUCUGGCCUGUUAGGAAGUGAUUAGGCCGUGAGAGCUUGGGCCCUUGUGAAUGGUUAAUGUCAUUAUCACAAGAGCGGGCUGGUAUAAAAGCUUGGCUCUCUCUUGCCCUACUGUCUUUUACCACGACAGGAUGAGGUAGCCCAAAGCCCUCACCUCAACCUCAGACUUCUCAGCCUCUAGAAUUGUAAGAAAUAAAUUUCUUUUCUAUAUAAAUCACCCAGUCUGUGGUAUUUGGUUAUAGCGACACAAAACAGACUAGAAGUUUAAUUUUAAAAGAAGGGUUUAAAGCAGGGCAUGAGAUGACCCACUUUACAUUUCUGAAAGUUUCCUCUGACUUCUGAGCGGAGAGACCUAGGAAUCCUUUUUCCCCUUACAUCUGUCCCAGUGGAAAACCAUUCUCAGAGUCCUAAGCAUGAGCUUCUGAAACCUGUGCCCCCGAGGGCAGAGAGGACGGAGAGGCCUCUGCCGUGUGCCCCUCUGAUGGGGCUCUCUUCAGCUUUUGUUCUUGAGUUUUGAGAAGCCUGAGAGACUUCAAGGGCACCCGGGACCUUUCCUGUGACCCUUUUCUCUGUAGCUGCAGCUCCAGCCUCUGGCCUUCCUCCCUCUGUUUUUCCCGCUCCUUUCAAGCAGGCCCAAGUAUGCUUUUAAAAAACAAAGCUGCGCCUUUCUCGCUCCCCGGCCAUCUUGGCAGCUGGUCUUGGUUGGGGGCCGUCCCGCAUCUAGGGCAGGAAGAUGGUGGCCGCAAAGAAGACGAAAAAGUCACUGGAGUCGAUCAACUCAAGGCUCCAGCUCGUUAUGAAAAGUGGAAAGUAUGUGCUGGGGUACAAGCAGACUUUGAAGACGAUCAGACAAGGCAAAGCGAAAUUGGUCAUCCUCACCAACAACUGCCCGGCUUUGAGGAAAUCUGAAAUAGAGUAUUAUGCCAUGUUAGCCAAAACUGGUGUUCAUCACUACAGUGGCAAUAAUAUUGAAUUGGGCACAGCAUGUGGAAAAUACUACAGUGUAUGCACACUGGCCAUCAUUGAUCCAGGUGACUCUGAUAUCAUUAGAAGCAUGCCAGAACAGACUGGUGAAAAGUAAAUCAUGUACAUUUUUUCUUUAAUAAAACUUGCU